AGCAUUACGUGGGGGAGAAUGGCUACUCGUGGAGGAAGAGGCAGCAGUGAUUCCUCCACUCUCGAUUAUUCAGUUCGCUGUGGAACGUUCGCUCGCAAAGCGGCGUUUUCUCCACAUGAAUAAUAUACUAAACCAACAAUAAUAAUUAAAAUAGUGUUCAGUGCAAAUAAACAUGGAAAAUGUUUCAAUUUUAUUGUAAUUAUUAUUAUUGAUUUAUACAUAUAGAGGAAAGAAUUGUUUUUUAUUUUGAGGUUAAGUGCGCAUCAUCCGCAGAAAAUGCGUCUCUAUGACACAUUAAUGGCAUGUGUUUUAUGUUCAUUGUCAUUAAUGUUUCACCAGGAAGACUGUGUUGUCAUUCAUCGAUGAAACAUCUCCUGCUUGACGAAUAAACAGCAAUAACAAUGUCCUCGGUUUUUUCAAAGUUAAUCGACAAAACUUCCGCAAAAUGUGGAAUUCGACAGGAAUAUUUAACAAAGGGUGUCGUAGGUACAUUGACAGCCCUUUAUCUAUUGAAAAUUGGUUAUCCUUAUAUUGCAGCUGGUGCAAAAUGGAGUCAAGCAAAGGUGUCGGGUGAUAAAAAGAAGAGGAAGAUAAAGAAAAACAAUGAUGAGAAUGAUAAAAAAAAUGAGAGACAUCUACGACGAUGUGAAGAAAUUGAAGAAAAUAAUGAUUCAAAGACAAAGAAUGGCAAGAAACCGGCUGUGGGAUUAGAUAGAGUAUUUUUUAAACAGCUGAUUGCACUUCUGAGAAUUAUGAUCCCAGGAUGGAGAACGAGAGAAGCAGGUUUGCUGACCUGUGCCACCUUGGCUCUACUCACUAGGACUUUUCUCUCUGUUUAUGUUGCCACACUCGAGGGACAAAUUGUCAAAAGAAUUGUCCUUAAAGAUGUUAAGGGUUUCUUUUUUAUGAUGGCUAGAUGGUUUGCAAUUGCAUUUCCGGCAACUUUUAUUAAUUCCGCGAUCAGAUAUUUAGAGGGACGUCUAGCUCUUAGUUUUAGGGAACGACUAGUGGAGUAUGCUUACAAGAUGUAUCUCAGUCAGCAAACCUACUAUCGAGUAUCUGCUCUUGAUACUCGUUUGGGAGGUGCUGAACAAAGACUGACGGACGAUCUCUCAGAAUUAGCAGGAUCCGUCGCACAUCUUUAUUCUAGUUUAACUAAACCCUUAUUGGACUGUGCUCUCGUGGGAAUUGCUCUUAUUUCAUUUUCGGCACGAAUGGGAGCGAGAACAGUGCCAGGUCCAUUACUGUCACUAAUCGUAAUUGGUGUAACUGGUCAGGUGUUGCGUUUGGCUUCACCUCGGUUUGGUCAGCUAGUCGCUGAAGAGGCUUCACGUCGUGGACAUUUGAGGGAGGCACAUGCACGAAUUAGUGCACAUGCUGAAGAGAUUGCAUUUUAUAAUGGACAUCAGGCCGAGCAUCGAUAUCUUAGUACAGCAUAUAAAUCGCUCACAGCUCAUUUACGAAGAAUUCUUGCCCUUAAAUUAUGGUACGUGAUGCUCGAGCAACUUCUCAUGAAAUACGUGUGGUCGGGAACUGGACUUCUCGUAAUUGCCCUUCCCAUCCUGUACACCUCGCAGACCAAAUCUUCAAGUCUUAUGCAAGAAAAUAACGGCGAUGGUGUGAGUGAAAGAACAGGAUAUUUAACAACGUCAAAAAAUCUCUUAUCAUCCGGUGCGGAUGCUGCUGAGAGGCUUAUGUCUUCUUAUAAGGAAUUAGUUGCUCUGGCAGGAUAUGUAGCCAGAGUUAGUGAAAUGUUGGAUGUCUUUAAGGAUGCGGCUUUGUGCAAAUAUUGCAGAAACGUCGUGACAAGUGGUCAAUCUAGAAUGAGUAAUGGGAGCGUGUCGAUGUCGGUAGAAAAAAUUAUUGAAUUCCAAGAUGGCACUCCUGUUAUUAAAGGUAUCGUUCGAGAAAGCUCUGAUGGUAGCAUCACUCUCAAGGACGUGCCAAUUGUUACACCCAACUGUGAAGUUAUUGUGUCAAAAAUCAAUAUUCAGAUACGACCGGGCGAUCAUUUAAUAAUCACCGGACCAAACGGAUGUGGGAAAAGUUCCCUCUUUCGAGUGAUAUCCGGUUUGUGGCCGGUAUAUAAUGGAACAUUAAUUCGUCCAUCGGAAACAUGUUCGAUACGAAAUGGCAGGCCAGCAUUAUUUUAUAUACCUCAAAAACCUUACAUGACUGUGGGUUGUUUACGUGAUCAAAUCACAUACCCAGCAGAAUGUAAAAAAGAUGAAUAUUCAGAUGGGGAAUUAUUGAAACUUUUAGAUCUUGUAGAUUUAAAGGGACUUGUGGAAAGAGAAGUUGAGGGCCUAGACGCACACGGUGAUUGGGAUUCAACAUUAUCGGGUGGUGAGAAACAGAGAUUAGCAAUGACAAGAUUAUUCUAUCAUGCUCCACAAUAUGCUUUGUUGGAUGAAUGUACAAGUGCCGUUAGUCUUGAGGCUGAAGGGGCAUUGUACGAGACUGCAAAACAACGUGGCAUUACUCUCUUAACAAUUACACAUCGUGUCUCAUCACUCGCGAAAUAUCAUCGUUUACUAUUGGAAUUUGAUGGCGAGGGCAAAUGGAAUUUAGGUCCAUUGGAUCCAAAUUCGGAAAUGAUCGCGAUAAAUCGUGAUCAAGAGGAAAUUGACAGAAAGGAGGGGCACUAUCGAAGACUACAGGAAGUUCGUGGGAUGCUCAAAGAAGAUACGCACAUUGGAAUCAGUUGAGAGUACCUGUCAAUGUGGCUUUCUCUCAUCGUGUGCAAAUUCUUGCGAUAUUUAUUUUAUUUCGCGUGAAAUGUACAUAUAUAUAAAUAUUAUUUGGACUUGGAUAAAUUUAGAUAAAAAUGUACAAAAAAAAACUGAAUGGCUGAGAUUAAAACAAGGAAAUAUUUUUCUAACAAUGAUGCAAUUGCAAUCUUAUAAAAAAAUAAAAAAUGUUUCCUGCGUUCGGAAACUUUUGAAAAAGAAAAAAAAAAUAAAAAUAGAUGUUUCUUUUUUUUUAAAUUCGUAUUUAAAUAGCAAACUUUCUUUUUUAGUUAAUAUUGUGAUUAUAUUAUAAUUUAAAACACAACAAACAUUUGCAAAUAUUUCAUGUUGCUCAAUGAUAUUAUCGGCAAAAUUUAUGUAAAGAUUUAAAAAAGAAAUAAAUAUAUAUUUAAAAAUUCUCUUUGAAUCUUGAAAAGAAAA